AUGACAGCAGAAUGGUAUCCAAGAGAAGACGUGCCACGGCGGUACAGGCAAUGGGCUGCAGAUUACGACAAGUCUGCGACGCUGCAGUCAUACAAACAGUUGAAGUCGUCAGCAAAGUACUUGUACUCGAAGUUCAAGACGAACGCAGCGGAGGAGCCCGUGGACGUGGUGGUGUGUCCGAAGCCGGACCAUCCGGAAAGCGGGACGUUGUCUGUCAGGCUCGGGUGUGCGGGCGAGGUGUACCAGAUAGCCGAUAACGGCGCCCGUGUUGACGUGUUGGACUGGAGGUCCCACAGAGGGACGUCCAAGGACUCGCCCUCGAUGGAGGAGCGGCCGCUAUAUUGCUGCAAAAGCAUUUCCGUUCCUAAUUACCAUCUGCCAAUGAGUUCAGUGCCCUACAAGCCGGAUUUCGCGUUCCCGCUACACCAUAGCCGGUACCCCGAGAGCACAUCUCUCCUUUACACCAUUCCGACGAGUGAGAAAACCCACCAGUUGUGUUUCCUUCGCAAUGUUUGGCCGGACAAAUACAGCAUAAAGAAGAUGGCGUUCAUGCUUUCCAACGAAAACGAUUACACGUGGUGCAGUGUUGACUCGGAGGAAUAUUUUGUGCUCUUUGACAAAACCAACUCGGAGUUGCAUGUGUUCGACUCGGAAACGUUGCUCUCCGUCGGAAAGUACAGCGUGGAGGUGUGCAACUCGAAUCCGGUUUUUGACCUCAGAGGCUCUGUCUUGAUGUACGUGCCGAGGGCCGACAAAAACAUCGAGAAGAAAAACCUCACCCCCGUCGACCUAUCAUCGAAGAAGAACUUGUUGAACAAGCUCAUCAUCACGUUUUCAAACACCGCACUGGACUCGAUGUUUCUUUUCUCCGAGGUCACGCAGCAGAAGAUCAAGAAUAUUUUGGAGGCACAUAAAAAGGGGGAGAGUGCAGACAACACCGAUACCGACAGCUUGACUGACGGAAAAUCUGCAAAGGGCUCCUCGCAGGAUAACGAGAAGCUUAAAGACAACUACCGGGACAUUUUCACCGAGAUCUACAAUACCAUCAGCAAAACUUCGGCGUAUGUCUGUGCAGUGGAUUUGGAGACGAAAAAGCAGAUGUUUCAGCUCUCUAUCCCCGCGGGAUGCUCAAAGUUGUCGAUUUCUCCCUUCGAUUUGCAGUUUCUUACCGCUAACAAUAGGGGGGACGAGAUCUUCCUUUGGGACUACACUAAGGCCUACGACUCAAUCGUCCUAAUGGACAAGUAUAACAGAGGCAAAACCUCAGCGAUCAUAGAGCAGCUGGAGUGGGGGACAGGAAAUUCCUCAAUUCUAUGCUUGAGCCGGCAAAAUGGGUCUUUGCACUAUUUUGUGAAUGAGUCGUUGAGAAACUAUGAAGAUCUCAAAGUAAGAAAAACCAAACGCAGGAAUAAAAGCCUGUCUGGUUCUGCGUCUAAUGGGAUUUCGAAUUCUGGAAAGAGUGUGGGCAGCAGUUCGUGGUGCCUUUCCCAUUUGAAGUUGAAGAGUUUCAAGGUGGUGAGAUCGUUGCUCACAAAAGACUUCAUAGUCGCUCUUGGUCAAAAUAAUGAGAUACUGACUAUAGACAUCGAAACUGGUUGCGUCGAUGGAGUGAUAAACCUAGAGAGGAAGCUCUUCCAGUCCUCGCCUUCUAACUCGUUUCAAGGAGAAUCCUCCAAUAUUGAAUCUGAGUUGUUGAACCAAGAGAUUGAGGUAGAAACCUGUAAGCCUUUCUUGCCUGCGUACAACAAUAAAAAGUACAAGUUCACUGAAAUCAAAGUCUCGAUUGCUGACGCUAACGUCUUCAACGACAUUGAUUCUCACACAGACGUCGUGAAGGAGUACAAUGUUGCCGGGAUCUUGUUCAUGAACAAAAUGCAAGCAAAGAAAUUGGCCUUCGAAGGACAUGAAGCCUCGCAGCAUCUUUUCGGCAACACACUGCGAGAUCCUUCCAAAGAAACUCUUGUCCUUUCACAUGGGGAUAACACCGUUGAAGAGGAUCAUUCAAAAUCUUCACAUGGGUCAUCAAGUGAGACUCUUCGAGAAGCAGCUUCGCAGACAUUACAGAAGGCUUGCUAG